AUGUACCUGAUAGAGCGAAUCGCGAGCGCUGGUCGACUGCCGGCAGUGAACACGGUUGUCAACGGCCGCCAUGGCCGCAUCUGGAGCCAACAACGUCUAUAUUUAUACCGUUUCUCUCCAGACCAAGGCAUUUGUGAACCCGCGCUAUCGACAAGGCGUAUUGAUAGGGUAGUUCUUGGUAGGGCAAUGGGCAGCAAAGAGGUUUUCUUUGAUAUGCAUCUCAUCAACACACUCCUUCUCGGCGCCGGUGCUGCCUCGGUGGUCAGCGCAGCCACCACGCCUCAGUAUCUCACUCUCGGCACUCUCAACUCAAACACACCCAGCGGCAUCAAGACGCCCGCCUACUCCACCAUCACCUUCCCCAUUACCGACUCCAAGACCAAAGCCUCAACCACCUGCAUCAUCCAAUGGGACUGGACUAAANAGCUCACUUCCUCAUGGACACCCUGCAAAGACACCGCCUUUUCCAUCAAAGUCUCCAACUACAAGACCAUGACGGAUUUCAAGCUGGACUUGCAGCAUCAGUACAACACCAAGACUGGCAAGAAGUGUGUUAACCCCAAUGGUACUGGGUGCACUACUACGCUUGCUUCGACUACGGUUUCGAAGUCUGUGGUGGGCUUUCAGAGUUAUUGUGGUGCUUCGGGGGCUUGUGGUGCUGUUGGGAAAAAGGGUUUGAAGGUUGCCGUGUCGUCGUCUAAGACUGGUACUCAGAAGUAG